AUGCCCAAGUCCCCACCUAGAUUUGAAGAUUUAUCCAUGUUCCCUUCAAAUCCAGUUACCAACACCGCUGGUCCUCCUCCCCCGCCUCCUCCAGUUCAAGACGUUUUUUCCGUGGGGGCUCGCACACCAAGUCCGCGUCCCGCCGGCCCGUCUAGAAUCUCCACGUCGCCGUCAAAGCUUGUCUCUUCCGGAAGCUAUACCUCGACAACCUCCUUCUCGACCUCGACAUACGGUUCAACAAGUCCCUACACCCCCCCUAACAUGUUUGAAAGGAUUGAUAAAGGGAAACGAAAGAGAACUCACUCUAUUUCGUCUAACCUUCCCUCUGUUUUCCCCUCUCAACCAGCACCAGCUGCCUCUGGAGUGCCUUUUUCAACGGGCCUUUCUUCUUUUGCCCCAGCACCAGCUGCCUCUGGAAUUCCAGCUGCCGCUGGUCCCAUUUCGGGAGCUAUUACUUCUGCCCCGUAUCUGGAAGAAAACAAACAUCUCGUUCCAGAACAAUUUUCCCCUAUCUCUUAUGAGGUCAACCGUAUCGCUCUUCUAUACAAGUCUGACAUUAAAAGCCAUAUCAGCGCUUUCAAUUCAUGUAAAAAUAGGCCUGCAAACUGGCAAAACUCUCUCACGAAAGAUUUGCUUGAAUACAAUUUUGUCGACUUACGGAAAUUCUAUGGCGCGGUUGCCUCAUCAGAUCCUCCUCAGAGUAGGCUCCGUAUCAACACCGACGGUGACCUCAAAAAUGUGGAAGGCGCCGCUCCCAAAGAAAUCACGGACAAUAAUCACUGGCAAAACCUCUUGGCCGUUCUCAAGCACGCUUACAUCGCCGCAUUUCCUCCUGCCGCUUUGUCAAUUAAAAGCUACUUUGAAUACAUCCUUUCUCUACCUGGGUUAUUCCAAGCGCGCGUACACUGGGAAGAUGUACGAGACUUUGAUGCAGAGUUACGUAAAGAAUUUGCUUCCAGACCAAGCCUGGUCUGGGGCGAUUAUGAACACAAAUCACUUAAAGGUAUUGAUAACCGCAUCCUUUACAGUUCUACCAGCAAGCUUGGCAGAGCUGCGAUCCCUUCAGCAAAAUAUCAACCGAAAAGAAGCCCAGAGGACGUCGCGUCAAACCCAAGUAUAAAGUCAAAAGCUCUGACACUGUUCCUCUGGCUGAUCAGCCUUGCAACAACUGGAACGCUCGUGUUUGCCCCUUCAGUGCAGCUGACUGCGACAGAGUACACGGGAUAUGCAAUAAAGAUGGAUGCUUUGAGAAUCAUCAAGGAAGCGUCGCUCACAGAUGAACCUAACGCUCGCACUUUCCUUCAAGGUUUAGAAAUCGACGUCCUCGACACAGGAUACUCAGCAGCGGUCAAUUCUUCUAUCCACGCAGACCCCCUUCCUUCAGCACCCCCUUUGUCCUCUGAUCCCCAAGCUGCCUAUGCAAUCAAUAGACGGCCUGAUUUAUUUCAAAUUAAUUGUUCUAUAAACGUCGAAAAUUUAAAAAUCCUCCUCAAAAAUCACCCUAAUAAACCGUUUGUUGACUCCAUUAUUCUCGGUCUUACAGAUGGGUUUUGGCCCAUUUCCGAAAUGUCCUCUGACUCUACAGUGUACAACAAAAACCAUGCCUCAGGCCCAGAAGCGGAAGAAGUUUUAAUCAAAACUCGAGAUAAAGAAUUGAAAUUAAACCGGUUUUCGCCACCUUUCCAAACUCUCCUCCCGGGCAUGAAGGUAUCUCCUUUGUGUUUAGCAACCAACCCCUCCUCAGGAAAGGUGAGGAUGUGCACGAAUAUGUCAUUUGGUAACCCAUCUCCUAAUGACUUAAUUCGGAAGGACGACAUCAAAAUUGAUCUUGAUGGCAUUCCGUACUUCAUCCCCUUUAUGCUCUAUCACUACUUUGGUAAACACAAAUUCAUUCUCUGGAAAUCUGACGUGGAUGCAGCUUUUCGCAACCUUCCAGUUUCGAGACAAUGGCAAUUUCGCCAAAUUAUCAGAAUCAACAAAGCUUUUCAUGCAGACCGAAAUGUCAAUUUUGGUUGUGCAAGCUCCCCAAAACUUUGGUGUGCUUUCUUUUCAUUGGUACUUUGGAUUGCGUAUUACAAGUUUAACAUUACAGACCUCAAUGCAUAUAUGGAUGACUCAUGGGGCAUUGGCUUAGCUUCAGAUAUGGUUCUAUUUAAAGGUUGCACCAUUCCGCUAAAUCAGGCCAAGUUUUUAUCCAUCUUUGAUUUCAUCAACCUCCCAUGGGCUUGGGAAAAGCAGAUCUUUGGAAGUACUCUCGACAUCAUAGGCUACUCAGUGGAUUGUAAUUCCAUGAGGAAUGCGCAUAUCCCUUUGAAUAGAUUGAAUGUCAAAGACCUGAAUUGGCUAGCAAACGCCCUCGAAUCAUGGCCAGGUCGAAAAGUCUUAAAACAUCUUCAUUGGUCCCUGACCGAGGCUGACUGCAUGUUCUUUACCGACGCUUGUCCGACUGGUUUCGGUUUUUGGCAACCGUCCAACGGCCGAGCCUGGCACUGUUCCUUACCGCCCCCGUCCCGUAACAGUUACUGGGCAGAGCUCUUAGUGGUUGUAUCAGCAAUCAAGAUGGCGGUAGAUUUCAAAGCAUCAAGAACAGCAAUCUUCACCGACUCCGAAUCAGUAUCAUAUCUAUUCUCAUCUCACCGGCCAACGUCAACUGCUAGAGCCCUUUUCAAGCUCGCAAUUGACCUGAUGCUCUCGAAUUCAUUAGAUGUCAAGGUCCGAUUUGUUCCGAGGCAACACAACCGUGUAGCGGAUGCAUUAUCUAAAGGACAAGUUGAUCUAGCACGUUUGAUGGUUCCGCGCCUGCGUCUCGAAGAUUUCUACCCAGACCCUUCUACACUUCAAGGCGGAUUUCAAGAUCGUUCCCUUCCAGCCUUGACUCAAUAA